CAGCAGGAGGUGUAAUCCGGGUGGGAGGCGUUGUAACCAGUUCAAGAAACCUCACAACCACUGGUAUUAAUGGUCUUAAACACUAGAGGAGCUCCUGUGAGAGUGUGGCAGAGUUAAUCAGAAGCACUGCUGAUCAUGGACCCCAGCGCCAGCGGACUCACCCAGAGGUUGGCUGAAGCCAGCCAGUCUCACCUCCUGCAGUUCUGGGGGGAGCUGAGCACUGAGGAGCAGCUCAGCUUGACCCGUGAUCUUCAGGAGAUGGACUUUGAAGAGAUCAAUGGAUUCUUCCGGAACGCCAUGAAGACGUCCAACAGCAGCAAACAGGAAAAGAUGGACGCCCGCAUGGAGCCGGUGCCCCGGGAGGUGCUAGGGAGUGUGACGAGGGACAGAGAGAGUCUCAAAGACUGGGAGCUCACAGGUCUUCACUGCAUCGCUCAGAGUAAAGUGGCGGUUCUGCUCCUGGCUGGAGGCCAGGGAACCAGACUGGGGGUCUCUUACCCCAAAGGGAUGUACGACGUGGGGCUGCCGUCCCACAAAACCCUCUUUCAGAUCCAAGCCGAACGCAUUCUGAAGCUGCAACAGCUGGCCGAGCAGAAGCACAAAAUCAAGUGUUGUAUUCCCUGGUACAUCAUGACCAGCGGGAGGACAAUGGAGUCCACAAAGGACUUCUUCUCACAACAUAACUACUUUGGCUUAGACAAGAACGACAUUAUUUUCUUCCAGCAGGGCAUGCUCCCAGCCAUGGAUUACAACGGCAAGAUCAUCCUGGAGGACAAAGGAAAACUCUCCAUGGCCCCUGAUGGGAAUGGGGGUCUUUACAGAGCUCUGGGGAACCAGGGCAUCAUGGACGACAUGGAGCGGAGGGGGAUCCAGUUCAUCCAUGUGUAUUGUGUAGAUAACAUCCUGGUCAAAGUGGCAGACCCCGCCUUUGUUGGUUUUUGCGUGCAGAAGGGAGCGGACUGUGGCGCUAAGGUGGUGGAGAAAACCAAUCCGACAGAGGCUGUGGGUGUGGUCUGCAAGGUGGAUGGACGUUACCAGGUGGUGGAGUACAGCGAGAUCACCCUGCCAACUGCAGAGAAGCGCAGCGCUGACGGUCGACUGAUGUUCAACGCAGGAAACGUGGCCAAUCACUUCUUCAGCUUUUCCUUCCUCAGAGACGUAGUACAGAAGUACGAGCCAGAGCUGCAGCACCAUGUGGCCCAGAAGAAGAUCCCAUAUGUGGAUACUCAGGGUCAACUAAUCAAACCAGACAAACCAAAUGGGAUUAAAAUGGAAAAGUUCGUCUUUGACAUCUUCCAGUUUGCCAAGACAUUUGUUGUGUACGAAGUGCUGAGGGAGGACGAGUUCUCCCCUCUCAAGAAUGCAGACAGUCAGGACGGAAAGGACACACCCACCACCGCCAGACAUGCCCUCAUGUCCCUCCACCACCGCUGGGUGCUCAAUGCCGGGGGCCACUUCAUCGACGAGAACGGCAGACGCGUGCCCGCCAUACCCAGAGACGGAGCAGCAGACAGUGUCACAGAUGAUGGCAGCAGAAACCUGAAGGACGGAACAGACCUGCCAAUCAAAUGUGAGAUCUCCCCUCUGGUGUCCUACGGGGGAGAGGGUCUUGAAGAGUUGGUGAAGGGACGAGAAUUUCAUCCAGCCCUGAUGAUCGACGAGCUUGGAGUCCACGAAUUGGUGAAGAACGGAGUUUAGACAAUGAAGGAGAGAGAGAGAGAGAGAGAGAGAGAGAGAGAGAGAGAGAGAGAGAGAGAGGUCUCUCUCUCUCUCUCUCUCUAACGGUUGCAGGGAGAAACUGUGAUAUGAACGCUGUGCAAUAACAAAUGUCAUGUGUUCUUGAAAGAGGCUGUCCCGUCCAAAAUGAGCGAACGAGCAAGUGCAUCGUUUACUUUUCAGCGCCAGGUUUUCUUUGCUCUGUAUGUUGAUGUCAUUCAUAGUUCAUAUUUGUCGUGAAGAGCACUUGAACACAGCAUGAGAUGAAGGACGAAAUCCCUGUCAUAGUGACUGGAUGAAGCAGGUGCAUCUAUUUAUUUUGCUUAUGAGACAUAUUUUUAUAUGUACUGGUAGAUGCUUUAUAGGUGGAAAUUACCAUCUACUCAUUUUACCUGGUGAUUUUUAUACGAUGUUGGACUGAGAUAAAAUCAUCAGAAAGCUGUUUCAUACUCGCAUGUAAUCAAGGUACAUGGUACAUGGGCUGUGGGGGGUAUUUAUAAUAUUAGCUUCUUUUCUGCUUGUAAUCAUUGAAGGUUAGACAUGAUUGAGCUUUAAGACGAGCUAUGAUUUAUAUCAUCUUUAUUAAAGAAAUUUCUUACUUGGAAAAACGUAUGCAUGUGUUGCCUGUGUGUGCGCGUGUGCGUGUGUGUGCAUGCAGAACUAUAAAUAUUGUAUGUUUUAUGACAAAUCAGCGUACAGUGUGUGAAUGUGUGUGUUUCAUGUGCUUGUGUCUGCAGCGUGUGUUUUUUACAUUAUAGCUCCUGGUGUCUUGAAUCAGAGUUUCCAGCACAUGGUUUAUGUUUAAGAUGGGCCAGAGCAUGCAACGCUGUUGCAGCUAUUCAGGAAAUAUUCUUUGUGGCUCCUCUGUGACUCAUUUUCUAUCUUAUUCUCCAGCUCCAUAACUGCAUUACGAUGUGAAAGACUGCAGUAUGGUUACUUUAGCAGAAAAACGCGUAUUUUGAUGGGCGUCCUAGUUUGUGUACAAAUCUUUGUAAAGAUGCUUUGAAAUCAUUUAUGAAAUUUGAAUGUGUAGUUCUGCUGAAGUCUUCCCAAGUCUAACAAGCCCAAGGGUCUGCAGCCAUGCUAGUAAAUAUGUGAAGCUACACUUUAGCACAGGCAAGUCAAGUCAUCACCAAACUCAUUAGGAUUCUUCCUCUGAGUACCAUGAAUGUCAAAAAAAAAAAAAAAAAAAAAAAAAGUGGCAGACUGACUGGCUCACAGG